CGCUUGUUGAAGAGGGGUCUCUCCAGACGUGUUGGAGUCAGUGGGAGACAGACUCUUGUCAUAAUGAGCCGUAAAUUCUCUACCUCCUCGACGGAGGGUGUACCGACAACCACCGAAGCUGUCCUACUGCCGUACGAAGAGCCUAAUUCACCAACAGCUACACUUGACCUUGAGAAACUACCCGUGGACGUUGAACAACCUGAUAAGAAUGUGAAACUGAAAUAUCCGAAAUCUGUGUUCUUCAUCGUAACCAAUGAAUUCUGUGAAAGAUUUAAUUACUAUGGCAUGAGAACCGUCUUGACACUCUACAUGAAACAAAUCCUUGAUUUUUCCGAAGACAAAGCCACUGUCCUCUACCAUACUUUUCUUAUGUUAUGUUAUUUCACGCCGAUUCCUGGUGCCAUCUUGGCUGACACUUAUCUCGGAAAAUUCAAAACUAUUGCGAUCCUUUCAUGCAUCUAUGCUUUCGGUAGCAUCAUGCUUGCUGUUGCAGCCAUACCGAAUUUCCUUCCGCAAACCGGGUUUUCCAUGACGGGCUUGCUCAUUAUUGCAAUCGGUACCGGCGGGAUCAAGCCUUGCGUUUCCGCUUUCGGAGGCGAUCAAUUUGUCCGUCCACAACAGGAUAGACAACUUGAAGCAUUCUUUUCCGUCUUCUACUUUUCUAUUAAUGCCGGAUCAUUGAUUUCCACCUUUAUAACACCCAUCCUUCGCGAAGAUGUCCAGUGCUUCGGGGACGAGACGUGCUAUCCAUUGGCUUUUGGUGUCCCUGCCAUCCUUAUGGUCGUCGCCGUCGUAAUCUUCAUUGCUGGUAAACCAUUGUACACUAUUAAGAAACCAGAGGGCAACAUCAUGGGUGAAUUCUUCAAGUGCAUUGGCCAUGCUAUCAGUCGCAGAUUUAAGUCUAAGGGAGAGAAACACGAUCAUUGGUUGGAUUAUGCAUUAGACAAAUUUGACAAACAGCUGAUAGAGGACGUCAAGCGAGUGUUGGCUGUUGGAUUUGUUUUCAUCCCGUUACCCGUCUUUUGGGCACUUUACGAUCAGCAGGGUUCACGAUGGACUUUCCAAGCGACACGAAUGAAUGGAGACUUGGGAGGUUUCGUGCUCAAGCCUGAUCAGAUGCAAAUUGUUAAUCCACUGCUCAUUUUGCUACUGGUCCCACUUUUUGAAGCUGUGAUCUAUCCUUGUUUCAAAAAGAGCGGACUAUUGACGCCACUUCGUCGAAUCGGCUGUGGUCUUGUGUUAUGUGGCCUUUCUUUUGUUAUUUCUGGUUUCCUGGAGAUCGCUCUUGAGCCGACAUACGCGACAAUACCCGCUGACGGUCGAAUGCAGCUCAACUUCAUCAACACUUUGCCUUGCCAAGUCACCGUUACGUAUCGUGUCACAGACAAAAAUGGAGAUCUAGUUGUCAACGCAAACGAAUAUAAGUUUGUGCAAGAUCUAGAAGCAGAUAAGGAUAUCUUUGCCACUGCUUCCUUGGAAAACCCGGAUUGUGGAAGUUAUAUCCAAUUCACUGGUGGUUUUAAUACAGGAGAAGUGAAUCUAGGCAAAGGAAAAGGAACAAAAGGUUACUCGAUCUUAAUCACUGAACGCGAAAAUAACUUAACAAUAACUCGCGUGAACAACGAGGAGCAACUGGAAAAAUCUGAUACUGGAGACCCGUUCGUUGCAUUUUUCGUGGACGACUAUACGUUCGAAGAGCAUGCUGGAUCGAACAUAAGGAUACGACAGGAAAGCAAAAAGACGACUUACGAAUAUACUUACGUACUAAAUGAAACGGCUGCAACGACACCGGAAAUAAACUAUAUUGUUCAAACCGAGUACCAAAAGACUGAAAUUGGAACGUACGAACUGUUUUACAAUGAAUCAUUCAUUGGACAAGUGGAAAAUCUCAUUCAAGGCGGAGUGUACAGAGUCGUGAUCCAAAAGUCGCUAAACGAAACUGAUUAUUACCACGUUAUGACCGUAGAAGUAACACCCCCAAAUAGCGUCAACAUCCUCUGGCUACUGCCACAGUAUUUUGUUGUUACAGUCGGUGAAGUCAUGUUUUCGGUUACUGGGCUUUCGUUUUCAUAUUCUCAGGCACCCAUUAGCAUGAAAUCAGUCAUGCAGGCAAUUUGGCAUCUGGUCGACGCCUUUGGUAACUUGAUUGACAUCAUUGUGAUCCAAUUCCAGUCUGACAUGAGUCAAGCGGAUGAGUUUUUCUUAUUCGCUGGUAUCAUGGGGAUAGCAGUCAUUUUUUUCAUCGCUAUGUCGUGGAAUUAUAAGUACGUCGAAGACGAGCAAAAGGAAAAAGAGGACGAAAAGAAACGCCUUUCCGUGAAUGACAAAACUGAUUCAUCGUCAUCGUCUUCCGAUGAAGAAGGUGACGAAAAAAAAGGGGAAGAGAAUAAGGCAUUUUCAGAAUAAAUGUUAAAUUUCCUUGUAUGGAAAAAUAUAUGAAUAAAAUAGAUGACAACUA